AUGUCCGACACCUGUAUUGUCUGUUUAGGAGACCUUGGCGAAAGCGCCAGUGAUCCCCUCGCCGUCGAGUCCGUGCCAAGACUCCUCCACGAUGCUGCCGACCCGACGGCUAAGGCGCCUACGCUCGAUGACGAGGAGGGUUCGGGUGAAAUCGCCCAGUUGCUCCCAUGUGGACAUAUCCUGCAUAACGUUUGUCUGAAGCCCUGGGUGGAGCGGGCAAACAGUUGUCCAAUAUGUCGCCGCAGUUUCAAUAUGGUCGAGCUAAGUGACCGUCCCGGAGGCCCUGUCACCUCAUCAUAUGCUGUCCAAGACCGAGUCCAAGUCGCCGAGAUCGACCCAUCGAUGGUCAUCGACUACUUGGAGGAUGACUUGGCUGACUACCAACCCUGCACGAUAUGUGGCGAGAGUGACAACGAAGAUGUUCUCCUACUCUGUGAUGGCUGCGAUGCCCCUUCCCAUGUAUACUGUGUGGGAUUGGAGGAUGUUCCCUCCGGGUCAUGGUACUGCGAGCGUUGUGAGACACAGCGUGCUAUAGAACCUACUACGGAGGCACCAGCUCGGUCCACCCGUACAAAUGAACGGCGGACCCGCCGCACUCGUGGUCAACAGCGCCAGGCACAGAGUAGGAAUCAGAUUAAUUCCCUGCACUGGGCCCGCGUAUGGCAAUCCGUAUGGGAUCAUCUGAACAUUGACCUGGACUUCCCCUUCGACGAUGACCGAUCGGCGCAACGGGUUAUGCAGCAACGUCGUCGGGAGGAAGCCAACCAACGCGAAUUCCGUGCCUGGCAGCGACGGUUUGAGGUCGCCGAGCGACAGGGUGGUGGCAGUCGCUUUCGUGACACUGCCCCUCUAUUUGACAUCGAGCCCGCUCGGCCAUCCAGACCUCGUGUGCCCAGAAACCCGACACCCGAACCCGAGUCCCUUGAGGAGAUGCGGGCCUGGAACGCAUUUGAAAGAGCUCGCGAGAUCGAGAACAACCCAAGUGCCGCUCGUAAACGCAAGGAGCCGACUCUAUCACCUUCGCCGGAACCCACGGAGCCACAGCGUAAGCUGAAGCGCCCGCGCACAAGACGACCCCAGGAACUCGCUGCCAUGGCUCAACAGAACGGGGAGUCAUCUAGAGCAGCGAGCGCUGGUGCUAGCGGUAGCGGCAGCGCCAACUCCAACGCGAUCGCCAAUGUCAGCGCCAAUGUGAACUCGAAUGCGAACACGAACGCCUUGGGGGAACCCAGCUUUCUGUCAUCUCUCUUGAAGGAAGUGGAAGAUGCGUCUACCACCGACCGCACAACCCCUCUCAUGCUGUCUGCGCCUACAUCUAUUGCUCCUACGGACCAUCUGUCCCCGGGACCCUCUCCUUCUAUCUCCCCCUCAUCAUCCAACCAAUCCUCUCCUCGCCUAUCCUCUACGACUCCCCCUCCAUUUUCUCGCAGUCGACCUAUAUCCCCGCUUCAACUUUCCUCUCCUGUCGAACCCUCUUCACCUCCAUUUUCGCCUGAAGUGUCAUUUUCCGGCAGCCCGAUCUCUCCGAGCGCGAAUAGGGAGAAACAAUCACCUCCACGCGAGACCGUUCGACCACGCUCUCGCAUUCCGCGGCGAGCCAUCGAAUCUAGAGAUUCUCGAUCUGCUGAUACGUCACCCUCUCGCGCGGGCCCCUCUCUGGCGGUCAAAUCCGAUAUCCGAGGCAUGGUCAGCAUGGCCCUGAAGCCGCACUACCGCUCUAAGACCAUUUCCCGGGAGCAAUAUACCGAGACUAAUCGCACCAUCUCACGCAUGCUCUACGAUCGUGUUGGAACUGCCCAGACACUCACUCCAGAAGCCCGCACGGACCUGGAGAAUACCGCAAACUUCGAGGUCCAAAAGACCGUGGGCGCGAUACACAAGAACAAUAAAGAACACCGACAGAAGUUGAAACAGAAACAGCCCAUGGUGGCUGCAGACUCGGAUGGUGAUAUAUAA